GGCAGAGAAUGAACGUAACCAUAACCAGAGCCAAAUUUAGUCUCUUCAUACUGGGACAUCUAAGCACACUCGGGGAACAAAGUGAUUGGGGAGCUUUGUUUGAGGAUGCUAGGAGACGUAAAACUAUAAUCGAAACAAAGCAAAAAUAUUUUAAAAGAGACGUCAAGCAGAUUCUUAAACCAGAACGAGAGCCGCUGGCCCGCAGUCUCUCCCAUCCCUCAAUCAUGAGACCAAGCACUGUGACCACACCUGUUAUACAUGCACCUGUGGAAACAGGCCCCGCCCCCAUGCCCCACCCCCAACGUGACACGCGCAUCAUGCCUAUACCUCUGGAAUGCACUAAUAACCCACGGAUGAAUGCCAGGCCCAGAGACCCACGGUGUGCAGAGCGGCGGCCAAUCAGAGAACAGAGACCAGACAGAGAUAGGUGGGACUUUCCCGGGUCACGCCGCACAACAAACAGAGCUAAUUCAUGUGACUCUUACUCUAGAAAUACUGGCCAGUCUUCCAGAUACUAUUCAAAACACCGCGGUUCUUCACCUUCAAGGCGACACAGGAGAUAAAUGAAUUAUCCCUGGUUUUAUUUGUCAUUAAAGAUUCACAGCAAUGUAUUAAGAGAUUUUUCCUCCUCAUGUCCUCUUCUCCAUGUUUUGAGAAUCCACUAUGCACAAGGGUCUUUGUUAAACUCUUCUUUCUCGGGCAGUGGCUUAACAAUUCGCUUGACAAAUUAGUUUGAUGGCAGUGCGUACUGCUUACCUAAUCUUGGACUCUUUCUAAUCAUCUUUUGCUGCAAAGUGACUAUUAAAGAUCUAUUUUAUGUUG